AUGCCCCGUUUGGAAGAAUGGGAAAUUAAAAAGUAUUGGGAGAUUUUCCAAGGGCUCAAGCCUGAAAAUAAUAAACUUACAGGCGACCGUGUGUCUCCUGUUUUGAAAAACUCCCGUCUCAAGGAUGACCAGUUAUCGAAGAUAUGGGAUUUGUCUGACAUUGACUCCGAUGGCCGUUUGGACUUUGAGGAGUUCUGUAUCACUAUGAGAUUGAUUUUUGAUUUGGUCAAUGGUUCCAUGCUGGAGGUGCCACUGGAGUUACCGGGCUGGCUUGUGCCUUCAUCCAAGUCCCACUUGAUCCAUGCCAACAAGGCUGUGUCUUCGGGCUCCACGGGCAAUUCUUCUUAUGAUGGUGACGACGAUGACUUGUUGUCAGAUGACUUCGACUGGUACAUUUCUCCUACCGAUAAGGGAACAUACGAAACGAUCUAUAAUUCCAACAGCGACUCGUACGGCCGUGUUCGCUUUGAUUCGCUUGAAGGCUUGUACCUGACUCUUUCCAAGGUGCCUCGUUCGGAUAUUUCGUCUGCAUGGAACUUGGUCAACCCUAAGCUGUUUGAAACUAUUGACAAAGACCAGGUAUUGGUGUUUCUCCAUAUACUAAACCAGAGAGAGAAUGGUAAACGUAUUCCUCGUGGAGUGCCUGCCUCGUUACGAGCCACUUUCUCCAAGGAAGUGCCUUCUUAUGACUUGAGUGCAGCUGCAGCAUCUACUCCAUCCAAGAACAUCAGCCAGCCCAAGGCCAAUGAUAAGAAGUCGUUCGGUAUGAGUUACCUUAAUAAAAUUGGUCAGGGCAACAACGCUGACCGCGAAAAAGGAACCGAUUUCUCUGCCACUGAGGGCACCGAUUGGGAGGAGGUGAGAUUGAGAAGAGAAUUGACCAACUUAGAAGAUCUCUUGGAGAAAGCCAAGACGGAGAGCCAGUCCGGUAGCAGGACGAGCGACAACGGCAAUAGCGAUCUGGCAUUGCUAAAACACGAGUUUGAGCAGUUGCUCAAGUACAAGCAGAACAAGUUGUCUGCAGCCGAAAACGUCCCCAACACCGAUAAGGAUUUGACCGAUGUGAAGAAUGAUAUAGAGUUAAUCGGGUCGCAAGUGCAAAUGCUUGAGGAGUUUUUAACCGGCAAAGAAAAGGAGUUGGGAGAGCUUCAGCAGGAGCUUUCGACGUUGAGCUGA